UAGAAUAUCCCCUGUAUCGCUUGACUGGGAAGGUUGGAAGUACCACCUGAAUGCUGAGUAUCUAUCCGCACUGCAAUUAUUCCGCUCUUGCUAUUCCCGCGCCAAAGGUCGCAGUCAGUUCCUCCCUCCUUCUAAACUCCUCACGCCAAGGUCGCAGCUAUUGUUUCCAGUAGGACACAAGGUGCCGAAAUAAUCACUUCGAAACAUCUCUGUUCCCUCUCUUGCUGCUCAUCACUUUGAAUAAUCCGCCUUGAACAAUAUUAUGGCCGCCCACAGCCCAUUCUACAAGUAUGACCUUCUCGAAGGCCAUGCUAUGGCGGCCCAGAACCAGGAGGACCGAAGAACAAAGCGAAUCCUCUACGCUGCUUUGGCAGUAUCGAGCCUCUUGAAUCUCCUCCUAGUCGUGAAAUGGCUCGUGCCGAGAUUGGAAGAGACUGAUCUCCCACACCUAAGCCGGUCGUCAUAUGCGGGUCUUCUCAACGAUGUACCAGUGCAGUUCAAAUGGAAUUCCGAGUAUAGCGAUGUCAAUAAUCCCCAGCUGGAUGAGCUUUGGCAAUUCGAUGGGAUGUUUGAUUACGGCAUGAUCGCGUUGACGGAUACCGAGAUUGACUCAAUGUCUCUACUACCGUCGGAGCAGAGCUUCCCAUGGGAUCCAGAAAAUAAAAGUUUGUACCACUUGAACGGGCAUCAUGGCCUACACUGCCUACGCCUCAUCUACACCAGCAUAUCUUCCUACCGCGCCUCAACACCUCAGAAGACCCCUUUCCCGCACAUACUGCACUGCCUAGACAACCUGCGACAAGAUAUCAUCUGCGCUGCCGACGACUCCCCCAGAUAUCUUACCAACAACGGCUCUCACUCUGGAGAAAGCCAAGUGCGCUUCUGUCGCGAUUUCGGAAAGCUCAACGACUGGGCUAGAGAGCGCGAUGCGUGCUUUCGUCAGCAGCAUGACCUCGCAGAUGUCAUGGAGCCGAUUGAAAAGUUCACGUAUUGUAAGACUGAGGAGAAUCGAAAGAAAUACCUCGACCAGGUCAAGGCUUAUUUUGACCUGCCGAGCGGUUGGCAGUUUCCUGAGCCUGGUGUUCCGAACUGGUGUUCCUGUUACUCAAAUACCAUAGGCAUCCUGAAGCUCGACGGCCGGGUCGACGAGAUUGUCGCGAGCCUUGAUGCCAUAGGCGUCCUGAAGCUCAACGGCGGGGUCAACGAGGGUGUCCCGAGCUGGCAAGACCAAGGCGGUGGUGCCAAGGGCAAAUUUGAUGAUGGCGAAGAAACGCAUGAUGGUCUAUGGUUUCAAGGGCAAGGUAAGGUUUGA